GGUGAAUACGUCUCUUGUGCAGCUCCCCCAACCCAGCCUCUGUCACCACACACCUAAUCUCAGCUGGGUGGAUUUUGAGGGGAACCAGGUCUUAACCAUCAACUACUCCACUCUGAUAACCUGCAGCCAGCUCACUGUACUCCUCCUGAUGAACAACAGGAUUCAUGCUCUUCCUGUUCGCUCUUUUCAGACUCUGGUGCUGCUGGAGGAGCUAGACCUGUCCAACAACCGGAUUAAGGAGCUCCCCAAAAACACCUUUAAGAGCUUAAAGUCCCUCGUCAAAUUGAACAUAUCCCACAAUCCUUUGUUCCACAUCUACCCGGGUCACUUUGACGACCUGACCCAGCUCCAGUCCCUGGGUCUGGAGGGUAUUGAGAUUCCAAACAUCCAGACCAAGAUGUUUCUACCCAUGGGAAACCUCUCACACAUCUACUUCAAGACAUUCCAGUACUGUUCCUAUGCGCCCCAUGUGAGAACGUGUAAGCCCAACACGGACGGUAUCUCUUCCUUCGAGGACCUGUUAGCCAACGUGGUGCUCAGGGUCUCUGUGUGGGUCAUGGCCUUCAUCACAUGCUUCGGGAACCUCUUCGUCAUCGGGAUGAGAUCCCUGAUCAGAGCGGAGAACAACCUGCACGCUGCCUGCAUCAAAGUCCUCUGCUGUGCAGACUGUCUCAUGGGUGUGUACCUGUUCUUUGUCGGUGUGUUUGAUGUGAAGUUCCGAGGAGAGUACAAUCGUAACGCUCUCCUGUGGAUGGAGAGUGUGGAAUGUCGAACCAUCGGAUUCCUGGCUAUGCUCUCCUCAGAGGUAUCUGUUCUGCUGCUGACCUACCUGACUGUGGAGAAGUUCCUGGUCAUCGUGUUUCCCUUCAGUCACCUGAGACCUGGAAAAUACAGACUGCGGUGAGUGGUGCUGUUAUCUAUCUGGGUGUUGGGGUUCAUCAUCGCCGUGGUUCCCCUGAUGAACGAGGACCUGUUUGGGAACUACUAUGGUCGUAACGGGGUCUGCUUCCCCCUACACUCUGACAGACAGGAGAAGCCCACUGCUAAAGGAUACUCUAUUGGCAUAUUCCUGGGUCUGAACCUGGCAGCGUUCCUAGUGAUCGUGUUCUCUUACUCCUCCAUGUUCUACUCCAUCUACAAGACUGGUAUCAACGCUACAGACCUGAGGAGCAGGCUACACAGAGACGUGGCUGUAGCGAACAGGUUCUUCUUCAUCGUCUUCUCUGACGCCCUCUGCUGGAUCCCCAUCUUCCUGGUCAAGAUACUGUCCCUGCUGCAGGUCGAGAUACCAGGUACCAUCUCAUCCUGGGUGGUGAUCUUUAUAUUACCCAUCAACAGUGCCCUGAACCCCAUCCUCUACACUCUGACUACCAGCUUCUUCAGAGAACAGGUGGAGGUCCUGCUGUGUCGUUGGCAGAGAAGGUCGACCCUGAAGAAGAACAGGAAGAGCCUGACCUCUACUGUAUACAUAGAGGACUCAAGGAAUACACUCAACCAGCCUCCAGCAUACCUACCUACUGUACCCCGGGUACCACUGACUGAUAUGGAUCCUCGCUACGGGUGAAGGGGAGGUGGUAUGAGUGGGGUGCCCCUCGUCAUGGGAAGGAGGGAGUGAGAAAGGAGGAGGGAGAGUAUGAAUGAGAGAGAGGGAGAAAAAAAACGUCGGCCCCCCUAAUGACCUAUCUGCCCAGCAUGUCUGAUAUGGCUCAUUUGCUACCGGUGACAGAGAACUAGACCGCUGCAUAUGAACGUUAGGACCAUGGCUGUUCUGAAGAGGGCUGUUUUGAGACUAAUGGAUAGGGUUAUUACUACCGCAAAUGAAAGUGCCCUUUGAGUACAAUAACCUAUUCGUUCUCAAAAGCUCCUUUCAACUGGAGCAAACUCACCUCGUCCACAGUACAGUACCAAUGACACAAACGGUACACAGACAAAUGUGUAGCGCCCACCUGUUGGGGACGAGGAGGAUGAAUGGUGUGUUUACAUAUGAACUUUUCGUCAACAAACCUCUCUUUUGUUUGUUUGUACAUAUUCUACUCAAUGGUGUGUUCCUUUUAACCUUCUAGAUUAGUGUUUCUGGGUCUUUAAAAACGAAAUCUACUUUGAAACAAAAGAAUACAUCUCACACACGUGGUUAUGGGCUUAAAGAAGAAGUUAUGUCAGAUACAGAGUUGAACAUGUAUUCACUGUUGAGUUUGCAUUCCAGUAUUACACUUUAUGUACAUCACAGAAGACUGAACUAUAACAAAACCGUUUGACAUAGAAACAUCGUAUUUAUCGGCGUAAUUUUUAAAAAAUGUUUAAAAUGUUUAUUAAUUAUGCAAUUAUGAAAAAUAUUGAUAACAUUUCACCCAUGACGCCACUAGAGGGCGAUUUAUUCAUUUCAAUGCAGGAACUAGUGAACUUUCUCCCUAAUCUGCGUACCAAAUGGCACCCGGUUUCCUAAGUAGGGCAUCACUUUUGACCAGGGCCCAGAGUAGUGCACCUUAUAGGGAACAGGGUGCUAUUUGGGAUACUUCCCUGGUUCUCUGUUCCUUUACUGACUCUUACCUGGAAUGAUCUGUCUGUGUGCUGUACAUAAGUAGCCUUGUCCGAGGAAGAACACAGUGUUUCUGUAGAAUGUAGCAGCUUCAACGAACAUCCUUACAGGAAAAUCACACGUUUUCGGGAAAUACUUCACAGGAUGAUAUUUCACAUUUAGUUUCAUGUGGAUUUUCACAAUAACCUUUCACAUGUGGAUUACAUUUCUCACAUGAUAUUUCACAUGAAGUGUCACAUGUGAAUUCAAUUUUUUUCUAGGAGAGAUUCACAAGCCCUGCAAGACAAAGGUGAGUCGUUAUGAUGAACACACAGUGCUAUUAGCAUAGCCACAUUGUGUAUGUUUCUGUAUACAGUCAUUAAUAUUUAACAUGUCCUCAACUGGGAUCUGAACUCACAACCUCUUGGUUCACAGCCAUUCCAAUCUUCCUGCUUAGUCAUUAAUAUUCAACAUGUCCUCAACUGGGAUCUGAACUCACAACCUCUUGGUUCACAGCCAUUCCAAUCUUCCUGCUUAGUCAUUAAUAUUCAACAUGUCCUCAACUGGGAUCUGAACUCACAACCUCUUGGUUCACAGCCAUUCCAAUCUUCCUGCUUAGUCAUUAAUAUUCAACAUGUCCUCAACUGGGAUCUGAACUCACAACCUCUUGGUUCACAGCCAUUCCAAUCUUCCUGCUUAGUCAUUAAUAUUCAACAUGUCCUCACCUGGGAUUUGAACUCACAACCUCUUGGUUCACAGCCAUUCCAAUCUUCCUGCUUAGUCAUUAAUAUUCAACAUGUCUGAGUUUAGUUAAUAAGGAUUGGUGUCCCACUAGCAGGACAACUUCGGGUGAAACUGGAGAGCGUGCAAUUCAAAUAAAUAUUAUGGAUUUUAAACAUUUAGGAACAUACAAGUGUCUUACAUCGGCUGAAAGCUUCAAUUCUUGUUAAUUUAACUGCACUGUCUGAUUUGCAGUAGCCACUACAGUGAAAACAUGCCAUGUGAUUGUUUGAGGACGGUGCCCCACAUCAAAAUAUUAUCUUCCUCUGAUUUGUCAUCCAAAGGGUCCCAGCUAUAACAUGUAGUGUUGUUUUGUUAGAUAAAAUCCUUCUUUAAAUCCCAAAAAGUCUGUUUAGUUGGCACCAUCGAUUUGAGUCAUCCACUCGUUUAACUUGCAGAGAAAGGAAUCUGAAAAUCUAACCCCUAAACUUUGAUUCAACAAGUCAAAAUAUGUUUCUAUUUACUCCUCAGAUACCCUAAAAUGUAAUCAAACUAUAAUAUUUAUUAUAGAAAGAGGUAUGUUCAAUAGGAAACCGAUUUUAACAGGUGCGUAAUGUCUUCACGGCGCGAGCAAACAUGCAUUUCCAAGACUGUGUCCUUCUACUAAAACUGAUAUUUUAUUAAAGUUACGAGCCUGAAACCUUGAACACAGACUGCUGACACCCCGUGGAAGCCAUAGACAUUGCAUCCAGGGAGUUCAUUUUCAAUAUGACCUUUCUAUUGCAAUUCUAAGAGGAUGGUCUCUCAAAAGGAUUUGGAUUUUCUCCUACCAUAUGUUAUAUUCUCCUACCUUAUUUUAACAUUUCUACAAAUGUCAAAGUGUUUACUUUCUAAUGGUACCAAUUAUAUGCAUAUCCUGGCUUCUGGGCCUAAGCUACAGGCAGUUUACUUUGGGAAUGCCUAAGAAGUUUAAAAAAGUGGAUAUUCUACAGUCCACAUGUCUGUUACUGUAUAUUCUACAGUCCAUGUCUGUUACUGUAUAUUCUACAGUCCACAUGUCUGUUACUGUAUAUUCUACAGUCCACAUGUCUGUUACUGUAUAUUCCACAGUCCACAUGUCUGUUACUGUAUAUUCCACAGUCCACAUGUCUGUUACUGUAUAUUCUACAGUCCAUGUCUGUUACUGUAUAUUCUACAGUCCACAUGUCUGCACAAAAUACCCCAUAAUGACAAAGCAAAAACAGGUUUAUUUUUAUUUUGCAAAUGUGUGUAAUAUAUAUAUAUAUAUAUAUAUAUAUAAAUAUUUUUAAAAAACAGUGAAAUAUAACAUUCACAUAUAUAUAUAUAUAUAUAUAAAUAUAUUUAAAAAAAAAUUUUUACAAUUAAAUAUAACAUUUACAUAAGUAUUCAGACCCUUUACUCAGUACUUUGUUGAAGCACCUUUGGCAGCGAUUACAGCCUUGAGUCUUCUUGGGUUUGACGCUACAAGCUUGGCACACCUCUAUUUGAGGAGUUUCUCCCAUUCUUCUCUAUAGAUCCUCUCAAGCUCUGUCAUGUUGGAUGGGGAGAGUUGCUACACAGCUACUUUCAGAUCUCUCCAGGUAUGUUUGAUGUCGUUCAAGUCCAGGCUCUGGCUGGGACACUCAAGGACAGUCCCGAAGCCACUCCUGCGUUGUCUUGGAACGUUGUCCUGAUGGAAGGUAAAAUUUGUGCCUCGACACAAUCCUGUCUCAUGGCUCUACGGACAUUUCCUUUGACCUCAUGGCUUGGUUUUUGCUCUGACAUGCACUGUCAGGUGUGUACCUUUCCAAAUAAUGUCCAAUCACAUUACAUUUACCACAGGUGGACUCCAAGUUAUAGAAACAUUUCAAGGAUGAUCAAUGGAAACAGGAUGCACCUGAGCUCAAUUUUCAGUCUCACAGCAAAGGGUCUGUAUACUUGUGUAAAUAAGUUUUUUUUUAAAUACAUUACCCAAAUUUCUAAAAACCUGUUCUGCUUCAUCAUUAUGGGCUAUUGUGUGAACAUUGAUGAUGGAAAAAUGUAAUUUAAUCAAUUUUAUAAUAAAGCUGUAACUGAACAAAAUAUG